AUGGUAACUUUUGCUCAAAGCAAUCAAAAGGAAAGCCGUGUGUUAGCUAAGAAAAUGGUGGUUCAGAAUUCUCUUUUAAAACUCAUAAAGGUUAUGGAACAAGAACAAGUGACUGAUACGAGUAUUAACCAUGACAUAAAUAAUAACAACAAAAACUACAAUGAGUUGACACCUUCAAAUAUUUGUAAUAAACCAAAUUUUUCAGAAACAGAAUAUAAUAAUGAAUCAAUGGAAGUCGGGUCUACGUGUGUGGAAGACAGUGAAUCUGUGUGUUAUAAGGCACAAGAUAUUAAUACAGAAAGGACUGAACAAGUUAUAAAUGGUGGAAAUAGUGAGCAAAUAUCUACUUUAGAAAACAGUGAAUCUGUAAUCUAUAACAAAAUUGAUUCGAUUAUCUGUGCUGAAAACAGUGAAUCAACAAUGAAAACAGAAAACAAUGAGUCAUGCGCCAAUUUAGAUAACAGUGAACCGGUGUCAAACACUGAAAUAUAUAAAGAUUUUAUAGAACUUGAAAUAUUUGUUCAAAGUGGAGAUGCUGAGACUGACAUUGAGAUUGAAAAGAUCGUUGGAAUUGUAAACGCUGAUAACAGUGUAAAUGUGUUUGAUGAUCGUUCCAAUGCAGCAACUGAUCAAAAUAGUGAAUUAGAUAUUUCUCUGAAUUGCAAAGAGUCAAAUGUUACUAUAUUGGAUGAAUUUAAUGGCAGUGUUGUAGCAGGUGUUAAUGAUGAAUCGAUUGGUGGUAAAGAAACUGAGAUUGACGAAUACUUUCAACAAGCAUAUUCUGUCAUAGGUGAAAGUUCUUUCAUUGGAAACAAUAGAGACAAAAAUAGUGUAAAAGAUAUUACAACAAAUGUUGAAAAUGAAACAUGUUUGGAUCUAGGAGAAAAUGAAGAAUAUGAAGAUAUAAAUAAUGACAAAGAUGCAAAUGACCCAGAUUAUAAUCCUAGUGAAGAGGGUGAAUACGCGUCACCAUCGGAAGACGAUAUUGAUCAUGAAGAAACCGUAGAAAAUGAAUCUGUAAAGGCAAAUGAUAAACAAAAUGGAAAAGGAGAAAGGCAGAGACAUCGUAAUAAACAGUUGCGUAUGUCAGGGAAUGCAUACAAAGGAAUGAAAAAAGUGGAUGGGAAGUGGGGAUUCCAUGUUGAAAAGUCCGCAAGGACGUUGUCUGAAAAAAGGUGUUCAUCACGCUGCCAAACCUCUAAUAUAAAAAAUUGCAAAACCGUAACAGAAGCAGAUAGGAGAGAGAUAUUUACUAAUUUUUGGACAAACAUGACAACAUGGGAUGAAAGGCGUGUAUAUGUAAACUCGCUUAUAAAUGCUAAAGCAGUGGAGGAACCUACACUUGAAAAUGGAAAACCAAGUAGAAGAACUCGAACCCUCACAUACCAUCUAAGAAUUAAUGAAGAGCGUAUUGUCGUAUGUAAACAACUAUUUUUGUCAACUCUUGGACUAGGGGAGCAGACAGUAUAUCAAUGGAUAGAACAGUCAAUAUCGGGUGUACCAGAUAGAUCAGCUGAGAAAAAGCAGAAGCAGUCAGAUACAAGAAAGAAAGCUCAAGAAGAAAGACACGGCCAGCUACGUAUGAGUGUCAAGCAAUUUCUUGAAAGCAUCCCUAGAAUGGAAUCUCAUUAUUGCCGUUCAUCGACUUCGAAGACCUACCUUGAACCUGUAUUUAACUCUCUGACCUGCUUGUAUAAAGAAUACGUGAAACAUUGUAAUGAAAGGGUAUGUGCGAGUCGUAGAGUAUUUACCGAAGUUUUCGAGAGCCUAAAUAUUGGUCUAUUUGUGCCAAAAAAGGACCAGUGUGAUAUCUGUGUAGGUUUUGAUGCAGGUAAUAUAUCCGCUGAUAUUUACAACGAACAUCAGAAUAGAAAAAUAAAUUCACGAGAGGAGAAAAACCGUGACAAGUUAUUUUGUCAAACAAACCACUCAGUGAAAGUUCUUACAAUGGACGUACAAGCAGUUCUACUUUCGCCAAAAAUGAAUGCAAGCGCAUUGUAUUAUAAAACCAAAUUAGCAUGCCAUAAUUUCACUUUGUAUGACCUUAUAACGAAGCAGGCGACCUGCUACUUUUGGCAUGAAGGAAUGGGGGAUCUUUCGGCUAAUUCCUUUGCUUCUUGCUUGGCUGACUACAUUGAAAAAAUGAUUUCCAAAGAUGAAGAAAUCAAACACAUCAUUAUAUAUAGUGAUGGAUGUACCUAUCAAAAUAGGAACUUGGUAAUGUCAAACACUUUAUGUCACUUGGCUAUGACUCUUGACCUUGAAAUCACACAAAAGAUCCUCGAAAAAGGCCAUACUCAAAUGGAGGUGGAUUCAGUACACAGCGUAGUGGAGAGGAAAAUAAAGAACAAGAAUGUUUAUGUGCCACAACAGUAUGUUGACUUCAUCAAGGAAGCCUGUCCCUCUAACCCAUAUAUCGUUGAAUACGUUGGCUACGACUUUUUCAAAGCAUACUCGGAGUUGGGCUACUAUGUUUCAAUUAGACCUGGGACUAGGGUUGGAGACCCAGUGGUUAGUGACAUUAGAGUUCUUCACUACGAAGCAGAUGGUUCUGUACGCUAUAAAUUGAAUUAUAGAGACUCAUUUAAGGAACUUCCAAGAAAAUCUAGAAAAUCUUAUGUUAAACAUACAGAGAUAAUACCAAAGUUGCACGGUGGUCCUUUGAAGAUAAAGAAAACGAAGUUCGACCAUUUACAGGCACUUAAAAGUGUUCUUCCAAUGGAUUAUCAUGGGUUUUAUGACCACCUGAAACAUGAUUCUUAAAAACAUGAAAACGAAAUGUAUACAGGUGUUUCGUUAUGGGACCUUAGUUAAACUAUAAUUUUCUCUUGACAGUAAUAUGAAAGUGCCAUUUUAUUCAUUUGAAGUAAAAAGUACUAAAUUCAU